AUGGCCGAUCGCUCAUCCGCCCCCUUGCUCCAGUCCUACCAUGGCGACGACAGCGAUGAUUCUCCCGCCUGGGACAGCUCCUCCCAACAGGCCUCAUCUACAUCUCGCUCCUGGCAACGAUGGCGUAGGACAAGCCAGCGCCUCCUCGAGUCCCGUACCAAGCACUUUGUCGUCAUGGGCAUCGUUGCGCUGGAUGUCGCUGCGCUCCUCGCAAAUGUCUUCAUCCAGCUUAUUGCCUGCGAGAUGCAUCAAAACGAUGAGCCCUGGGUGGAGCAGCUGACCGAGAGUCUGGAAAUUGCUGGUCUGGUAUUCAGCAGCCUCUUUCUCAUUGAACUCGGGGCAUGUUUGUUUGCUUUUGGCUUGGGCUUCCUUGCCUCUUGGUUUCAUCUCUUUGAUGCCGCCGUCAUUAUUGCCAGCUUCGUCAUAGAUGUGACGUCCAGAGGCUUGACCGAAUCCAUUGGAUCUCUGAUUGUCGUGCUUCGUCUAUGGAGACUAGCCAAGAUUUCCGAAGAAGUGGUGCUGGGCGCUACUGAGAGAAUGGAGGUGCUGGAGCAGCAGUUGGAGGACCUCGAGGCCGAGAAUAGUAGAUUGCGAUCCCAACUCGGUAUCGAGUUCUCCAACCAUUCUGGCACCGAGUAG